AUGAAAGGGAGACAGAUGGUCCCAGACUGGGAAAAACAGAGGAUCCUAUUCACUCACCUCUGUCCUGUCCCUACAGCUGGCUGCUUGGAGCUGGUGAACACUUGGUGCAGCCUGGUGACCCUCACUGCCCACUUGAGGCAGAAGGGGCAGGUACCCCCAGAUGCGACCAUUGCCCUCCUGGCUGAGGAUGGGCGCCUGGUAAGCCUGGAUGAGGGGGCUUCCCAGGCCCCUUCCAUGGGCAGCCCCUUGCUGCAGGAGCGUGGGACCUAUGUCCUUGUGCAGAUCAUCAAGGGGGAGGAUGGGGCCCCUACCCGCUAUGAGUCCCUACUGGAGAACCUGGAUGACCAGUGUCCAGAGCUUGCAGAGGAGCUUCGCUGCCUGUCAGGCCUACAACCUACAAGUGAUGGCCGGAGGAGGCGCAUGAGCACCCGGCGUGACCACCAGGAGCAAGGGCCUCUUUCAAGAUCACGAAAGAAGGGCUCCCUGCCAUCCAGGACCCACUAGCUGGGCACAGGAGCCAGCAGGCCCUGUGACCUGGCACAUCAUAGCAAAGUGGCUGAACUGGACUCAGAUCCAAGGAGGUUGGCCGUGACCUCUGCCAUGUGUGAUCAGGUCCAAACAGAUAGCAGCCCAGUGGCAUUCUUCUUGCAGAAUCUGGAAUUACUGAAAAGUUGCAUCAGCAAAAGGGGCAAGGUCACAGACCGGAUGUCAGGCUACCAAGGGGAGUGGGGGCUAAGAGGUGGGUGCAGAGAAGGGGAUCCAGAGGGUGAAGGGGGCAAGCAACCCUGACAGGGGGAGGCCACAGGCUCAUCCAGGGAUUCCAGUACCCAGAGUCAGAUGCCCUUGGGGGUCCCAGCUAAUGCCUCACCCCUAUUUGGACUGUCCAAGGUCAUCAAAUUACAACAGGGCUCCUCCCCCUCCCUCACCCAGGAUGCCAGCAUAAAGUGAAACAUUCCACCCAAUAGUUGGACAUCCAUCCAUGCCCCCUGACCCCAUCCCAGCAGAUAGGCUAGUGAGAGGGCACACGGCAGGCUAUGGUCUAAAAAUAAACUCUUUUAAUUGCA